CAUUAUCUGGCUGGAGAUCCUCUGCUGCGGUGUCCCUCAGAAACAGUCCAUUCCAGCCAUCCAGGGUAACAACAGUCAGCUGCAGCCUGCCCCAGCGUGCCCAGUCACAGGGCUGGCCCACAGCCAGGCCUGAGUCUUUCACAACAGGAAGUUGUACAGAUACAUGUCAAGAGUGAGAGGGCACUCUUCCAAACUACCAUGUUCUACAGCAAAAGUUCUCUAACCGCUCACUAGCAUCAUGCGAAUGUUUUGAUGAGUGUGAUCAAGCAGUGUUGUGCAGCACAGUAAGCAAAACAGUGUUGAUGCUGCAACAUUUCAUAAUCGAGAUGAAGGAGCAGCUAAGGCAGAAAGAUGAGGUAAGGAGCUUGGUGUCAGUUCUGGAAUGAAAAAGCAUGCACUUACACAACACUAGCAAGCAUGUAAUAAUUAAGGAAUUUACUGCAGCAAUCAGAGCAAAAAGAACUGAGAAAGUCCCUGAAUAACCUUGGCCAAACGUUUAAGAUAAAGAAAAAAGAAAGUUGGUCUAAUAGGUACGCAAUCGCUUUAUCUUGAUAUAUGGAGUGCCUAAAAAAUGCCUUAUGAUUCCUAAGUUAUUCCACAGUUAUUACCACUGUUUAGGCAUUAUUAAGCAUCAUUAAUAAGCAUUAUUACCACAGCUUUUCAGAAGAAAGUCUAGAAGGCUGACUACAACAUUUCCUUGUUCCUCAUUUCUGGGAAGUUCCUGGCUACAAUCUUGCUAAGGCCACAAUACAGAACAGUGCCAAUGAUCCAUCCCCAAAUCACAAGCUGGACUAAGGUCCCAGCACAGCACAGUAGCAAGAACUUCUCCUUUUUGAAAAGUACACUGAAACUUCUCCAAAAUAUUAUGUGCCAUAGAAAGGAAUUUAAUAUAGAACAGUUCCCUCUCGAUUACCAUCCUAGAUAUCCUGAUCAUUAAGCAAGAAAAAGAGGUUACUGUUUCUCGUAGCUACCUCAUGGCACAGUGAGGCCUGAGUGAAAGGUAGAAGUUCAGAAACACCAUGAAGACUUUAAUAUCAAUUUUAACAACAUAUCCAAUGUCAUCAACAGUUGUUAAGUAUUGUCUCCAAAAAGUCCUAAGGUCCUAACAAAGCAUCACAAAAAUAUGGAUGGUCUUGUCUCCAAGUCCUGCCUGACCCCCUCCUUGUCAACUGCACUACUCACUCUUGCGUAAUACAUUCAAUACAGUACACGCUAAAGGAAGCAACAAAGGAGCUGUAACUGGUGUCACAAUAUCACUUUCAAAAGAGGCCAGGAAACUCUUCUGAUUUAUCCUAUUUGGGAGAUAUAUAUAUAUAUAAAUUCUAUAUGAAAGUAACCCAGGAAAUACAAUGAUAACAGCUUACUGUGGGGCUCACGCUUCUAAUUACACAUAAAAGAUAGGCAAACCUAAAAGGUAUUGACUACUCGUCAAAGUCAGCACGGCACUCAAUAUUCAAUAUCCUGCAUUAAUAAGUUGAAAGAAGUACAAACCAGCUUAGGCCAAAGGAGUCACAUAGUCAAAGAUUUCCACAGACAAUAAAAGCAGAAACAUUUCACUGUAUUCUGUUACUAAAGUAGAAUAUAAGCUAAUGAUACGCUGACAAAGCAGAAAAUUGAUCUAAGAAGGUUGACAUUUACUUUAAGAGGCUAAGAGCUCAAAUUUAGGAUAGAGACAAAGAAAUAGAUAACUGAGUGAGAAUGUAAUUUUUGAAUGACUGCCAGACUUGGAACCAAUGUAAACAUUAUUGCUUCUUUUUACAAAUAUUUCUCUCAUUAUUUACAAGGAUAAUAUGGAAGGCAAUAUAAUAGGAAAAAAAUCCAAAAAACCCUGUGUUUCAUUUCUUGGUUGGUUUUGCUAGACUACCUAGUUAACUCUGUCGUGUUUAAAUUUAUGUGAUUUUGAAUAUGCUUCUUCUUUUUUAAAGCAAUUUUUUAUUACAUUCUCCUUGUAAAAUUAAUUACCAAUAUGGUUAAGGACCUAUUAGGCUCAUACUUUCAAGUCCAAUGCCUUCUUCUACUUCUCCAGUGGAAACUACUGUUAAAUAUUUGGUGUUUAACCUUUCAAAUCUUUAUCUAUGCUUCUCUAUGUAUAUGUAUGACCCUAGAGAAAAUACAUCGUAUGGCUGUGUGUGGACUUUUUUCUUUAAUACAAAUGAUUUUGUACCAGGUGCCUCUUUAGCCAUAUUGUUUUGUUUUGUCUUUCUUUCAACAAUAGAUGUUGGAGAUUGUCCCACAUUAGUACACACAGAUCCCCCUCAUUCUUGUGUUUUGUUUGUUUGCUGUAUAUAAUAUUUCAUAGCUUGACUAAAUGAUGCUUAGUUAAAUCAUAUGUAGUUAAAAGAUAUUUAGGUUGUUCACACUAUUAUAAACAAUGCUACAAAAUCAUUCCCUAUAAAUGUUCCAUCAUGUAUGUGCACGAGUUAUUUUUUGAGGAUAGAUUUUGAAACGUGAAAUGCAUAAUUUAAAUAUUAAUUUAAGGAAAAAAACCAAACCCCGCUGCCGUUGAGUCGAUCGCGACUCAUGUAAAUGGGCAGUGCUAAAUCACCCUCCAAAGCAGUUGUGCUGCCUCCAGGUCAGGGGUGCUCCGAACACUCAUGCACAGAGAGAUUUAGUAACCUGCCCACACAGCUGUUCCUGCCCUGCCUGAUUCGUGACAUGGAAGAAGUGAUAUGGGGUCUUCUCCUCUUGCUAGCCAGCCUGCCUGCCUUGGAAGCCAGUGACAUUGUUCAUAAAGACACUCCCUUCUACUAUGACUGGGAAGGCCUCCAGCUUGGUGGGAUGAUCUGUGCAGGGCUCCCCUGCAUCGCGGGAAUCAUCUUUGUUUUAUGUAGCAAAUGCAAAUGCAAGUCUGUUCAGAAGCACAACCCCUUACCUGAGAAAACUACCCUACUCAUCAUUCCAGACUCUGCCAGUAACUGCUGAGCUUCAUGGAACUCCAAGACUAACUUGCCCCUCUCUCCUUAAACUGGCCUUUUGCCACUCCCUCCCCAUCUGGGGGCUUUAACCUCCAGGGAUCUCUUCCUCUCCCAGGGCAGCCCUUAGGCUAGCUUUUUUUUUCAAUUAAGAAAAAACCAGGGUAUGAAAACACUCACGUACUCAUGAACUUAGCAGCUUUUGCUAUUAUCACUUCUGUCAUUUCUGUCAAUAUGAUGGAGUUUUUAAAAUUUUUAAUAGUAUUUUCUUGAAUACUCACUGAAUGAAUACCUUCUCCUGUAGUGACAUAUUUCUCUUUUAUUAGUCAUCCAAUCUUACUCUUUACACACUUUGCAACUGGGUAGUUGCUCCUAGGUGGCACAAAGGGUUUGUGCUCAACUACUAGCCUAAGAGGUUUGAGGUUUGAACCCACCUAGCAGUACCACAGAAGAAAGGCCUAGCAACUUCCUUCCAAAAGGUCAUAGCCAUGAAAACCCUACUAAACAGAGUUCUACUCUGUAACACUCUGUUUGUGGAUCGCCAUGGGGUGGAAUCAACUCCACAGCAACAGGUUUGAUUUUGGUUUUAGUUUCUUUUUUUGUUUGUUUCAAAGGAAAUUCUUUAUAUAUUGUACCAAUCUUUUGUAAUGAAUGGUGCAAAUAUUUUUCCCAGUCUUUUAAUGUAAUUUUUAAUAUUUUGUAAGAGGGAAGUUUUUUUUUUUUU